AAGCAAUUGCGACUCUGCAGUCGCGGUUGAGAACUCGCGUGUGAUACUCGGCGUGCGCGCUGCUCCUUCGUUUAUAAAGUAAAACGCUUGAUAUCAAACAUAUAUCGAGUGCGAAAUUUGGUAUUUGCAAUUCACAGCGAUUUCCUGAUUAUCGUUUAACAAACCUCCGAGCUUAUUCGUGCAGUUUACUCGUACAGUUUAAUUGGAUUGCUGCGAAUGGUCCCUGCGAGUGUCUACGAUAUGCCGGAUAAUGAUAAUAAGAAUGACGCAACGACGGCUAAAAUACCCAACGACGGCUGUACGAUACAUUUGGAGGAGUGUGAAGGAUUGAUGAAAUCGGAAGGUUCGCAAAAGCCGCAGCUACGCAUCGAAUUUAACGAUAUCUGUUACUCAGUUUAUUGCAAAAAUAAAGAAAGCAAGAAAACGAUUUUAUCUAAUGUAUCGGGUAGUUUUGACCCGGGAAAAAUCACGACGAUAAUCGGCCCAUCUGGCGCGGGGAAAACGACGCUCUUGAAGGUUAUAUCAGGAGAGCAAUUUUUAAACGUUAAAGGCAUUAUCACUGUAAAUGGCGUAGUGCAAAAUAAAGGAUCGUUCCGCAAACAAGUGUGUUACGUGCCGCAACAAUUCGCUCUGUUACCGUUUCUCACGACAAAAGAGACUCUUUAUAUAGCUGCUCGAUUAAAAUUCGAAGCUGGUCAAGAUGAUCGAACGAUUUAUUUAAUCGUAAAUGAGAUCGCGAACAGCCUUGGCUUGUUAAAUUGUAUGGAUAUAAUGGCCAACAAGUUAAGUGGCGGGGAACGGAAAAGACUGUCUAUCGGCGUAGAAAUGGUUACCAAGCCGGCAGUCCUAUUAUUGGACGAGCCAACAAGUGGUCUUGAUAGCGUAGCAUCCAAUCAGCUAAUUAAUGUACUAUACGAUAUGGCAAGAACGAACUGUACUGUGAUUUGCGCAAUACAUCAACCCAGCAGUCAGAUGAUCUCGCAGUUCGAUGAUAUUUUAGUGCUUAAUCGUGGCAGAUGUAUAUUUUGUGGCUCAAAAGACGACAUCCUGAACGUGUUCGACAACGCCGGUUUCACCUGUCCCGCCUUCUAUAACAUAGCCGAAUUCGUACUCGAAGUAGUAACCGAAAAGAGAAGUGGAAAUUUGAACAAUUUGUAUGAAAUUUGCCGUAGCGAGUAUGAGAAGACAAGAUUGCAGAAUAAUCGCUCGAACAACGAUACGAAUGGAUCUGUUUCCAAACAUGGUUUCGAGGACAACUCACUCGUAUUCACAAGCAAAGAUAAUACAAAGCAAAGAUUAUCAAUGUGGCAACAGCAGAAAAUAUUAUUUUUAAGAGCUUUAAUUUGUAUCAAGCGAGACAAUACUCUGACGAAACUGAGAUUUGGAGCUCAUAUUGUAAUAGCAGUGUUACUAGGUACAGUCUUUUAUAAUUUUGGAAACGAUGCAGAAAAAGUUAACAGCAACAUAGCUUUUUUAUUCUUCCUUAUGCUAUUUUUAUAUUUCUCAAAUGCCAUGCCGGCAGUGCAAAUGUUUCCCACAGAAGCAGCAGUAUUCCUACAGGAACAUUUAAAUAAUUGGUAUUAUCUGAAAUCAUACUACAGUGUAAAGGUAUUAACGGAUCUCCCUAUGCAGGUACUUUGCUCUUCAGGCUUUACCCUUAUAUCAUAUUAUAUGACAGGACAACCAAUGGAUUUUCAUAGAGUCUUACCAGUGUGGAUUAUCUGUGUGUUACUUACGAUUAUUGGGCAAACAGUCGGGAUUCUUAUCGGUGCAGCUUUUAAAACUGAUAUUGGUGUUUUCUUGAUACCGGCAACAAGUAUACCGUUAAUGCUUUUCGCCGGGUUUUUCUUGAAACUGGGAGAAGUGCCGAAAUAUCUGCAGCCUAUAAGCUGGGUGAGCUUUUUCAGAUACGCGUUCGAGGGAGUCAUCCAAGCAAUUUAUAUCGAUCGAGGAAAACUAACGUGCUCGCAACUUUACUGUUACCUGCAGUCUCCAAGCCGGAUUCUUACGAUGAUGGACAUGCCGUCGACAUCGUUCCACAUAGUUUUAAUAAUACUGGCUAUUUGGAUAUUCUGUUUACAUUUACUCACUUAUGCGGUACUUUGCGUGAAGAUUUAUUAUGCAAGGAAGUAAUAUGUUAAAUAUAACUGCACGAUACGCAUAAAGUAUAUUUUUUUAAACGAACGAGACAUUAUAGAGAAAAACAAGCGAUGUUUUAAUGUUUAUAUAAUUGUGAAAAGAGGUAAAUAUAAAUAUAUAUAAAUUUAUUU